GCUCGUGUGUCCCCGCAGUGACCCAGCGGGCGGGAGGCCUGACGCCUGCGGGCUCCUCUCCUCGUGCUCCGUCUCCGGGAGGCAGCUCAGGGCUGACCCCCGGCGCUGCUCUCGGCCACACCGGGCGGGCCCAGAGUUGGCGCGGACAGCUGUGUGCAGGGCAGGCCCCACCCUCUGUGCCCUCUCCCGGGCCGCGUAUGUGCGUUUCGCAGCGGGGGCCACCAGCAGGAACGUCCAGACCGGACAGGCCUCUCCGGAGAAAGGCGCUGCCCCCCAGGACCGAGAAGAUGGCUGUGGACCAGGACUGGCCGAGCGUGUACCCCGUGGCAGCCCCGUUCAAGCCCUCAGCCGUGCCCCUCCCCUUGCGGAUGGGCUACCCCGUGAAGAGGGGCGUGCCCAUGGCCAAGGAGGGCAACCUGGAGCUCCUCAAGGUUCCAAACUUCCUGCACCUGACUCCCGUGGCGAUCAAAAGGCACUGCCAGGCCCUUAAAGAGUUCUGCACCGAGUGGCCGGCGGCUCUGGACAGCAGCGAGAAGUGCGAGCAGCUUUUCCCCGUGGAGGUGGAGACGGCCGACUACGUCUCCUCGGGACCCUCCAUCCGAAACCCCAGGGCGCGUGUGGUCACGUUGAGGGUUAAACUUUCCAGCUUGAAUUUGGACGAUCAUGCGAAGAAAAAAUUAAUUAGACUUGUGGGAGAGCGGUACUGCGAGAGCACGGACGUGCUCACCCUCAGGACGGACAGGUGCCCACUGAAGAGACAGAAUUACGACUAUGCAAUGUACUUGCUGACGGUCCUGUACCACGAGUCCUGGAAAACGGAGGAGUGGGAGCGGAGUAGGAGCGAGGCCGACGCGGACGAGUACGUGUGGGAGAACAGCCCGUCCCAGAGGACCGUCCUGGACACGCUGCAGCGCAUGGCGCCGGCCGGCACGGCCCCGCGCGCCCACCAGGACCUGCUGGCCUCCCGGGAGGUGGCCGAGUACCGGGAGGCGGUCGUGGGCCUGAGGAACUCGGGCGACAGCGAGACGGGCCUCUCCCGGUACAAGGAGUCCGUGAAGAGGCUCUUGGGGCUGCCGUGAGUGGGGCCGCCCGCCCUUCCUGUCGUGCCCCGGGUUCAGAGGUGGGACUCCCAGGGCGCCGGAGCGACGGCACAGCGGGGAGGGCGUUUGCCUUGCACACGGCUGACCCGGGUUCGAGCCCCAGCAUCCCGUACGGUCCCCCGAGCACCGCCAGGAGUGACCCUGAGCAUCGCCGGGUGUGACCCAGAGAGAAAGAUAAAAAAGAGAAGCAGAAGCAGA